UAGUGUGUACUAUUUGUUCUAGAAAGGGACUUUAUAUUUCAAACUGUGGUAGCUCUGACACAUUAUCAUUCCCGUAUGUGAGCAUGGCUUGUUGAGGUUAUGUGUCGUAAUAUCAUGGAGACGUGCUGUUAGUUGUGUGUAUGUGUCGUAAUAUCAUGGAAGAAUGCUGUUUGCGUGUUGUUUACCGUCUGAGGAGUAUUUGCGAGUAAUUGGGUGAACUGCUCAACAAAAUGUUUUAAUCGGCAGCCACCCCGUAACAUAUGAACACGAAAGAGUCUAGAGCAUGUAUUAAUAUAUUCUCAUAACCUAUUGAUGGUGUUCACUAUUUGAGACACAACAUGUUGUCCAAUAUUUUAACAAGAAAGCAACCAAGUACUUUGGUGUGUAUUCAAGGGUAGAAAUAUGCCACAUCAAAGUUUGAGUCUUGACAUCACUGUCAUCCUUCCAAUUCCGAAUUGCAAACUGUUCACCAUUCGCUCAUUAGAGAUUCUCUUGAGCAGAGUGGUUUACACUUAUUGAGAGCAUUUGCACAACAUGCUGUUGAUAGAAAGGAGAGUCAUGUACACAUUCUUUGCUAUGAGCAUCCUACAAUAAAGAUGAAAACUGGGUUGAGGAACAGUAGUGAAGAUCACGUGCACUUUCAUGAUUGUUUUACAGAUCAUCGUGGCUGGAUUGAUAGCCAAGAGAAGGAAAACAUUAGAUCUGAUGUUCAUACAAAGGGUAAUAGCAUUCUAUCUGUCUUGCAAACUUCUCCAGUCACAAGUACAAAUGAUUGUAUCAUAAUUAUUGACUCUUUGACACCCCUCAUCUACAAUAUUGGCUUCACGAGAUGCUACCGUGAACUUCAUUCUCUUCUUGUCAAAUCUACAAAUGGAUUAACUGUAUCACAGGUCAUAUGCUUGAUACAUGAAGAUACUCUGCCUGAUGUGCAUGUAGCAUUGCCCCAACUUUGCCAUCUAGCAACUACUACUGUCAAAAUUGGAUCACAUACACAGUCUUCAAGAGGAAACCCCACUGCCAGUAUAAUACAUAAAAAACAAGGUGGAAAAAUAUUAAGGCAGGUAGAAUAUUAUUCUAUAGAUGCAGAUAACAGGUUGAAGUCUGAGAUCUUGACAUUGGUUACUCCAACUGUCGCAGGAGUGAAUGAGGAUGAGAAUCAAUUGCCAGAGGACCUGACAACAUUCAAGCUGAGUCUUGGGCAGCAGGAAAAAGAAGCCAGAAGCCAGCUUGUGUUGCCAUAUCUCAGGAUAAACAGUGAGAAGGGAGGUAAAGUGUUCUACCAGCCUGAUGCCGCAGAUGAUUGGGAUGAAGAAGACCCUGAUGAUGAUUUGGAUAUAUAACAAAGCUGUACACUUGUACUGAAGAAUUCAUUGGAUGUAUAUAGUGAAUAGAACCUUCAGAUUUUCGUAAUGACUUGUUUGUUAAUGUGAAUCCUGUUUAUGGGUAGUGGCAUUGUGUCGAUGUAAGAUGUACUGCUGCUAUUUUGAAGGUUCUUAUUGUCUGUGUCUUCAAGGCAAAGCUACCUAUCCAGUAGCUCCUACUAAUACUUAUAAUGACACAGGUCAGUGGGACCAACCCCAUCCACACUAAGCCGUUUCCCAGAAACAGGAUCAACCUUAGUAUGUGGUAACAUUAAUCAGAUCACAUAUUUUUGUGAAAGAGUCUAUGUACUGAAAAUAACACUCUGUGCUUUCAGCAACAAAGAAGUCUAAAUAAAUUGCCAUAUAUGUUUCAGUAA